AUGUCUGCUACACUGCUUUCCAUGGAAGAAGCACUCGCCCUCUGUAACGGCAGCCAAGAACCAAAAGAGUACUUGGACUUCUUUGAAAUCGUCGGUACUGAAAGCUGCCUCUCAGAUUGCGACUCUUGGUCUCAAUAUCUUCGGACCCGUAGACAGGGCUCUAUGAAUCGUAACACUUACCAAAAGAGAGCUAAGCUCAGGGAAGACAGUGGGAUAAUAUAUGAGAGCGAAAAUAAUUCUCGAGGAAACGGCUGGCCGAGACGCGCCUUUACGCUUGAAUUUCUUGCUAACUCGGCCAAAAACGGGUGCGGCUCUUGUAAGGUCUUUAAGGAGAUCCUAGAUGUCGCUAUCGCCGUUUGUUUCAACUCACAGCUCCCGUGGAAUUCCUUUCGCUGGAAAUCAGACAUGUUUAAGUUGCAAGUGUUAGACGGAGACGGAGAGGUUAGGAAUGAGUUAGACUUUUUUACUAUUCAAGACUCGACGGUUCAAUUCUACGGAAUGGCAGUAUCCAAUUUGCUUUUAGGAGACACAGCCUCUACCGUUAGCUUUGACCGAAUCAGCCAUUGGGUUAAGGAGUGUUCAACGCACCAUGCGUCUUGUGCAGAUGACGCAAAUGCCUCCUUACCCACGAGACUAAUCGACGUGACCCCAAUUGAACGCACCUCAGAACAUGGUGUCCGGUUGGUAGAAACAGGCCACCUAAAAGGAACCCCCUAUAUAUGCCUCAGCCAUUGCUGGGGCACGAAACCAAUCUCGGCUAUGACGACGUUAGACACAGUCCAUGAAUAUAAAUCCUUUAUUCCGUGGAACCGCCUUCCCCUGAAUUUCCAACAUGCUAUGGAAAUCACCAGAAAGCUUGGCGUUCGAUAUAUCUGGAUCGACUCUCUCUGCAUUAUCCAGAAAAACAAGGCAGACUGGGAACGAGAGUCAUCAAAGAUGGUCUCUAUUUACCGAAAUUCAUUUCUCACUAUUGCCGUAACUCAGUCCCCUGACUCGCAGGGGGGAUGCUUCUCGAAGUCGAAGCCAGAUCUGUGUUUUCGGUUGAUGCACCCGAGGGGGGAUAACACAGUUAACACUGUUCUCGGUGUCCGAACAAUUCGGGAAUCUGACUUGAUCACGACACAAGAAAAAUUUCGAGAUCGAUUUCCCCUCUUUACCCGCGCUUGGUGUUUUCAAGAGCGUUUGCUGUCACGACGAGUAUUGCAAUGCAACCAUCGCGAAUUCACCUUUGACUGCAGCGAAAGUUCCCGUUGCGAGUGCUCUUCUGCUUCAAGGUAUCUUGCUUCGCAUUUCAAGCCGCGCAUGCCUCUAUUGCCAACAAAGGCCAAAUACGAUUUGUUGCUCAAAACAGGAGGACGUCGGAUUGGGAGGGUCGGGAAGGACGAAAGGAAACCAUACUCAAGAUGGCGAAACGUAGUUGAGGCCUACAGCUUGCUACAUAUGACCAAUUCUUCUGAUGCUCUCCCGGCAUUAUCUGGACUAGCAAGGGAAAUGAUAGAAAUCACCAAAGAUACGUAUAUAGCCGGCCUUUGGCUAAGCAACAUCGAUAACGACUUACUUUGGUAUGGAAUGGAAAUGAACCGCAACCAUCCCUCCUACAGUCCGAAACCCGGUUGGAGAGCCCCUUCUUGGUCAUGGGCUUCCAUCAGUAGUGGCAUGGGCGUAAGAUAUCUUCAACCCUGGCAGAGCCACUUUGACAGGCCUUUAAGUAAGAAGAUUCAAUCAGUGAGAUACGAAUUGGCAAGUGAGGAUAUUACUGGGGGCGUUAAGUCCGCCGAAUUACAAAUUCUGACGAGUCUCGGCCAAGGUCAUGUCCGCAGAUUCUGCCAAAAAGUCUUUCGCAACAGUAGAAAACUCAAGCUUCAUGUAUCGAAUAUGAGGUCUGACAGGACAUCGGACUUUGCGGACUUUGACCCCAAAUGCCAAUUCAUGGACGGCGACGAGGGUAUAGACCUUCGAGAUGGUUUGGCUAGUCUUUGGAGCGAUUAUCGCUUUUCUGAGCAGCAUGAAUGGUUGAAGUUCGGUGAUCCUAGGGAUUCAAACUCAUGUCAUGGGUGUGCCUUAGCCGUCGUUUAUCUAUUACACAUCAAGACGAUGAAAGAAAAGGGCGAUCAAAACGCCCUUCAGGAUUUCUUUAUGGUCCUCGCCAGAGACCCCUCAAAUAGGCAGACCUAUGUUAGAGUUGGUCUAUUACAAAUUAUAUUUAAGGACAUAGCGAAGAGAAAUAGUUGGUUUAAAGAGGUUUGGGAAGGGAGGCUUUUACCAGAGGCGCUUAUAUCUAUCAUUUAG